AUGGUGAAGAAAAAGUGGCAGCAGAAGAAGAGAGAACGAAGGAUUUGCUUCAGAAGAGCGGCUGUGGUGAUUGUUGUGGUUGUUGUGGUUGAGAACGAAGCUGUUGAUAUUGAGGUUGUUGGUUGGAAGAAGGCGAGGAGGGGCAGGCUAGGUAUUUAUGUGUGGAAGGGGCUAACCAACCUCGCUAGGCAGAGCAACACAGGAGAAACUGAGGCCAGGCUAAGCUGCCAGCAGACUGUCCUCACAGUCGGAUUGUGA